GUUCGUGGCGUGUGUGAGCGUGUGUGCUCCUGAGCUUGCCUCGGCACACAUCUUAUUAUAAAAAAUCUAAAAAAAACAAAAAAAAUUAUAAAAAAAACCUAUAAAAACAAGAAAAAAUUUCUUUUUGUAACAAAAAUCGGUGAAGCAAGAAAACGUGGACAGAACGGUAAAACCUGGGAACACAACUAAGGAAUCAAUCGACCUGGCUAGCACACUAGCUAACUAAUUACCAAGGGGAAGGCCUGCCUGAAUUUUAGCAUUGAGCUCGGGUUUUUAACCAGCUAGACAGCAUUCUUGCUCCGUGUUAGCCAGACCGCGCCUAGGUCUUUAGCUAGCUACAUUUUAAUAACUGUGACUCUGGUUGGCGUUUGCUGUUUGUCACAGUUAACUACCGAUACCAAACCUCCAAAAGCCAGCUAUUUAACGUUAGUUGGUUUUGAAAAAAUAUUUGACCUGGGAAGGCUAACUGGCUAAGCUAUCUAGCCUAGCAGCGCAUUGUAAUAGCUUUACCGAGUUAGCUAGCUGGUCAUCAACCAAGCUAAGGGGAGCAGUUUGAACCUUACAAAGCGAGUUUCGCUUGUCGGCGUAUUCUUUUAACUAACGUAACUCCACGACGAAGUAUCUGCCUUUUAUUUUUUUUAAAUAGUAUUAGUUUUCGCUCUUGAUUUUAAACGAAACACGCACACGAAGAUGAAUCCCAGCGCUCCUAGUUACCCGAUGGCCUCGCUGUACGUCGGCGAUCUCCACCAAGAUGUGACAGAAGCCAUGCUGUACGAGAAAUUUAGCCCUGCUGGCCCCAUCCUGUCUAUUCGGGUGUGCAGAGAUAUGAUCACUCGGCGGUCACUUGGAUAUGCCUACGUCAACUUUCAGCAACCAGCCGAUGCUGAGCGUGCUCUGGACACCAUGAACUUUGACGUAAUCAAGGGCAGGCCAGUUCGCAUCAUGUGGUCUCAGCGGGACCCUUCCCUGAGGAAGAGUGGAGUGGGAAACAUUUUCAUCAAGAACCUGGACAAGUCCAUUGACAACAAGGCUCUCUAUGACACCUUCUCAGCCUUCGGCAACAUCCUGUCCUGUAAGGUGGUGUGUGAUGAGAAUGGCUCAAAGGGCUACGGCUUUGUGCACUUUGAGACCCAGGAAGCUGCCGAAAGGGCCAUUGAGAAAAUGAACGGCAUGUUGCUCAAUGACAGAAAAGUAUUUGUGGGGCGCUUCAAAUCUCGCAAAGAGCGCGAGGCUGAGCUUGGAGCCAGGGCCAAGGAGUUCACCAACGUGUACAUCAAAAACUUCGGAGAGGACAUGGAUGAUGAAAAGCUGAAGGAGGUGUUUGGCAAAUAUGGGCCGGCUCUGAGUAUCCGAGUCAUGACUGAUGACAGCGGAAAAUCCAAGGGCUUUGGGUUCGUCAGCUUUGAGAGGCACGAGGACGCGCAGAAGGCCGUGGACGAAAUGAAUGGGAAGGAGCUCAAUGGGAAGCAGGUGUACGUGGGCCGUGCCCAGAAGAAGGUGGAGCGCCAGACAGAGCUGAAGCGCAAGUUUGAGCAGAUGAAACAGGACAGGAUGACCCGCUACCAGGGUGUCAACCUGUAUGUGAAGAACCUGGAUGACGGGCUGGAUGAUGAGCGUCUGCGAAAGGAGUUCUCUCCUUUUGGAACAAUAACCAGCGCCAAGGUCAUGAUGGAGGGAGGCCGUAGCAAGGGCUUCGGUUUUGUCUGCUUCUCGUCCCCGGAGGAGGCCACCAAGGCGGUGACAGAAAUGAACGGCCGCAUCGUGGCCACCAAGCCCCUGUACGUGGCCCUGGCCCAGCGCAAGGAGGAGCGGCAGGCCCAUCUCACCAACCAGUACAUGCAGAGGAUGGCCAGUGUCCGCGCCGUGCCAAACCCGGUCAUCAACCCCUACCAGCCAGCACCUCCCUCUGGGUACUUCAUGGCUGCCAUUCCACAGGCCCAGAACCGAGCCGCGUACUACCCAACCAGCCAGCUGGCCCAGCUGAGGCCCAGCCCACGCUGGGCCACCCAGGGUGUGAGGCCCCAGCAUUUCCAGAACAUGCCCAAUGCCAUGCGCCCCUCUGCCCCCCGAGCACAAACCUUCAGUACCAUGAGGCCCACGUCCUCCCAGGUGCCUCGCAUGAUGACCUCCCAGAGAGUCGCCACCCAGACGGUGGGGCCCCGGCCCUCCAAUGCUGCUGCCGCGGCGACCCCCGUGCGCAGCAUGCCCCAGUACAAGUACGCUGCCGGAGUGCGCAACCCCCAGCAGCACCUCAGCACACAGCCCCAGGUUGCUAUGCAGCAGCCGGCUGUCCACGUGCAAGGCCAGGAACCCCUGACCGCUUCCAUGCUGGCUGCCGCGCCCCCACAGGAGCAGAAGCAGAUGCUGGGUGAACGCCUCUUCCCGCUCAUCCAGAACAUGCACCCCAGCUUGGCAGGAAAGAUCACAGGCAUGCUGCUGGAGAUCGACAACUCAGAGCUUCUGCACAUGCUGGAGUCCCCCGAGUCUCUGCGCUCCAAGGUGGAUGAAGCUGUUGCUGUACUCCAGGCCCACCAGGCCAAAGAGGCUGCGCAGAAAAAUGUGACCAACACAGCUGGUGUGCCAAGCGUCUAGGCCAAGGAAUGGGGAACCCAUAACUUGCUUCACCGAGCGAAAAAAAAAAAAAAUUAAACAUCGAAAAAAAU